GCUUGAAAAUGAUAAUUAGCACCAUGGAGCCUCAGGUGUCGAAUGGCCCUACUUCCAAUACAACCAAUGGACCCUCCAGCAACAGUAGAAACUGCCCUUCCCCCAUGCAGACAGGGGCUGCUACAGAUGACAGCAAAACCAACCUCAUAGUCAACUAUUUACCCCAGAACAUGACCCAGGAAGAGUUCAGGAGUCUCUUCGGGAGCAUUGGUGAAAUUGAAUCCUGCAAGCUUGUGAGGGACAAAAUUACAGGGCAGAGUUUAGGGUAUGGAUUCGUUAACUACAUUGAUCCAAAGGAUGCAGAGAAAGCCAUUAACACUUUAAAUGGACUCAGACUCCAGACCAAAACCAUAAAGGUGUCCUAUGCCCGUCCAAGUUCAGCAUCGAUCAGAGAUGCAAACUUGUAUGUCAGCGGCCUUCCGAAAACCAUGACCCAGAAAGAAUUAGAGCAGUUAUUCUCACAAUAUGGGCGCAUCAUCACCUCACGGAUUCUGGUUGAUCAAGUCACAGGGGUUUCUCGAGGUGUGGGAUUUAUCCGUUUUGAUAAGAGAAUAGAGGCAGAAGAAGCCAUAAAGGGACUAAAUGGCCAGAAGCCUAGUGGUGCUACAGAACCAAUUACUGUGAAGUUUGCCAAUAACCCCAGCCAGAAAACAAGCCAGGCACUCCUUUCACAGCUGUAUCAGUCUCCCAACAGACGUUACCCUGGACCACUUCACCACCAGGCUCAGAGAUUCAGGCUGGACAAUUUGCUUAAUAUGGCCUAUGGCGUAAAGAGGUUUUCUCCAAUCACAAUUGAUGGUAUGACGAGCCUGGUCGGAAUGAAUAUCCCUGGUCACACUGGGACUGGAUGGUGCAUCUUCGUCUACAACUUGUCACCCGACUCGGAUGAGAGCGUGCUGUGGCAGUUGUUUGGUCCCUUUGGAGCAGUCAAUAAUGUCAAGGUGAUCCGUGAUUUCAACACCAACAAGUGCAAGGGAUUUGGCUUUGUCACCAUGACCAACUACGACGAAGCUGCCAUGGCGAUUGCCAGCCUUAAUGGAUACCGUUUAGGAGACAGAGUAUUGCAAGUUUCCUUUAAAACCAAUAAAACCCACAAAUCCUGAAUUUCAUAUCCUUACUUACUAAAAUAUAUAUAUAUAAAUAUAUAUACGAACAAAACAAAAAACAAA